AUGGCAGCCAAGAUAUACGAGGAGAUCAAAUUCGAAAAGCUCGACAGCUAUUUGACAUCCAACAUGGGAAUGCCAGUGCUUCCGGCUGCCGGUAGUCAGGCGCAUAUCGCAGCGCUAUCGACGUGGAUACGGGUCUGCGACGACACGCAUGACUGUAGCCCAGCAUCCGACACCACCUUUCUUCCAACAAGGGUUAUCGACGUUGGAUCCGAGGGCGCCGAAUCAUGCCGCUUGCUUUGCGCAGACCGUGGGCAAACGAACUCGGGAAGAUAUCUCGCUCUAUCGCAUCGAUGGGGUGCUCCAGACCAACAUAGGAAAUUCUGCACUUUGAAGGAAAACCUUGAAAGCUUCAAAGAGGAAAUCAAGCUGACGGAGCUCCCCCGAACGUUUCAGGAUGCUAUCAACGUUACACGAAGUCUCGAUAUUGGGUACCUCUGGAUCGAUUCGCUCUGCAUCAUUCAAGACGACCCUAAAGACUGGAAGACGGAGUCUCUUUUAAUGGAACAGGUGUACAGCUCAGCUUACGCAACUCUAGCAGCUAGCUGCGCAAGCGGGACCGAGGAUGGCUUUUUGAAACCCCGACCACGGCGGCACUGUGUUACGUUAACAUCCGACAGGGGCUCCUACUAUAUCUGCGACUCUAUCGAUGACUUUGGGCGUGAUGUUGAACAAGGGGAGUUGAACAAGCGAGCUUGGAUUCUUCAAGAGCGAGCUCUAUCCCGUCGCACAAUCUAUUUCUCAGAAAAGCAGACGUACUGGGAAUGUGGAAGAGGCGUAAAGUGUGAAACAAUGACGAAAUUGAGAAAUCGGAAAGCCUCGUUCCUGGGAGAUUCGGACUUUCCACACUCCAUUGACACCUACGUUCGCGGAAUGAAGAUUGAGCUUUACCAGGAUCUCUACCAGAAGUACUCGGGGUUGGCACUCAGCUCCAUUGGUGAUAGGCCAGUUGCCAUCCGCGGGCUUGAAGCACGUCUCAUCCGCACUUUCAGAACUGUCGGCUCUCAUGGAGUUUUCGAUACUUUCUUCCAUCGAUGUCUACUGUGGAAAAAGGCCAGCCGGUCUCUGAAUCGUAUCGAGUCGGAACUGCUCAGAGGAGUUUAUGUUCCAUCAUGGUCAUGGAUGGCUUAUGACGGCGAGAUCAAAUACUUGAAUGUUCCCUUCAACAAGUAUUCUUGGGAGGCGGACAUAAUCUCGCCGUUUAGGACUUGGUCAUCUCAGAGCAUGAAGGAGAGGGGCGAGAAAGAGGGGGUAUGUGAGAUCAAGGGGGCUGUAUGGGACUUUCGGGGCUGUGAUAGCCUCAAGCUGGAGCUCGACAAUCCAGACAGGAAGCUCUCGAACCUCAAAUGUGUCAUUGUGGCGAGGAGAAAGGAUUUACAAGGCGACCCUCAACAGUCACAUUACAUAAUAGUCGUGCACUCUGUUGCUGUUGACGGGCUCUGCGAGAUAUAUGAAAGAGUUGGCGUUGCGGAGGUCAGAGGAGAGCAGAUUGCAUUCAACAAGGGAAGUCAGAGCGGUAUUCUUAGGUGA